UUGCUGGCUAUUGCAAUUUUGUCAAGUCUUUAUAAUGGAGGCAUAUUGUUUCUCAAAGUAAAAGGAAAACAAUUGCUUCAGCCCAGAAUGGCUGCUAUCAUUGACUUUGCAGGAGACCAGAUCAUGGCAUAUCUGUUGUUAUCAUCAGCAUCUUCAGCAAUUCCAAUAACAAACAGAAUGAGAGAAAACUCAGACAAUAUAUUCACUGAUUCUUCAAGUACAGCCAUUUGCAUGUCCAUUUUUGCAUUCAUUUGUUUAGCAGUGUCAGCACUCAUCUCUGGCUUCAAACUAUCAUCAACUCAACCUUAUAUAUGAAACUUUCAUUGAUUUUUUUUUUAUUUUUUUACCCGAUAAAAAUGUUUCACACUUUCAUUUAAUUGUGUAUACCAA